AUGACAACGACAGACAAUAAAAUUUUAACAUCAGCUAUUGAAACAUAUCGUCAUUAUGCUGGUCAACCAACAUUAUCUGAUAUUGAAUCAUGUAGUCAAGAUUCUAAUGAUGAAAUUCUUCAUUUAACACCUUAUUUUUCAACAAUGGAUCUUGUUAAAUUAGAAGAUUUAACUUAUACACGUUCAUUUACUUAUUCAUUAAAAAAUCGUCAACUUUUAUUUACAAGUAAUAUAACACCAAUUAAUAAAAAUAUUGUCCGUCGUCUUGCUUCACCUGAUGGUCAAUAUCUUGCAUUAGUAACAAAAGAAACUAAAGGUGAACAAGAUUUAUAUUAUGUACAAAUUUGGCAUGAUGAACAUUUAAUAUUUGGUUAUGAAGCAAAUGAUACUAAAAUAUCACCACAUGGUAAAAUUUUACCUAAAAAUGAUUAUGGAAGUUUUUUUGAAUGGAGUCCAGAUUCACGUCGAUUAGUUUUUACAGCUGAAGAAAAACGUAAACCAUUAAAAUCUUAUUUUACAGCUGAUAAACUUGAUGAUAUUGGUGAACCUGCUAGUACUUAUCGAGAAAAUUGGGGUGAACAAAUGGAAUUAUUUGAAACAUCAAUUGUAUGUAUAUUUGAUCUUGAUACAAAACAAGUUAAAUUAAUUGAAAAUCAACCAAAAGAUUUAUAUUUUGGUCAAUGUACAUGGACAACAAAUCCAGAUGAAUUUAUUUUAGUUGCAUUUCGUAUUGAACCAUAUCGACUUGGUUUAAUUUUUUGUGAAAAUCGACCAACAGCUUUAUUUAAAUGUAAUUGGCGUAAUAAUCAAUGGAUACAAUUAACAGAUUUUGAUCAAUUAUGUCGAUUAUUUCCACGAUAUUUACCAAAAAAAGAGAAUGAAUUUGUUUAUCUUCAAACUGAUAUUUAUCGUGCACAUGCACAAUGUAAACGAUUAGUACUUUUUAAUACGGAAACAAAACAAGAAAAAAUUCUUAUCGAUAGAAUAGAUAAGUAA